CUGGAGCUUUCCAGUGUAACCGGAGCGGAGCCGCUGCCCUCGGCUCGUGGGGUCCCUGCACUGCGGGCUGCAUCCAGCCGUGCAGCCCUGCUGCCCUCUAAGCACCCUGAACACACUCCUGCUCUCUGCUCUCCCCACCUCCUCACCCCCCCAGUGCUCCCCGCUGCCGGCUGUGCGCCGUUUCUGUUCUUCAUUUCUGGGAAACCAUGGACAAGAAGCAAGAUUCCAAGGGAUCCCUGGAGCCACACAAACCAGCGAAGGGCAAGAAGAAGCUGAGGAUAACAUGUCCUCCCAUCAAGCAGCCCCCUGUCAACACCACGCCACCAAGGAACCUGGACUCCAGAACCUUCAUCACCAUUGGAGACAAAAACUUCGAGGUGGAAGCUGAUGACCUGGUGACUAUUUCAGAGCUGGGCCGGGGAGCUUAUGGUGUGGUGGAGAAAGUGAGGCAUGCUCAGAGUGGCACCAUCAUGGCCGUGAAGAGGAUUCGUGCCACAGUGAACACUCAGGAGCAGAAGAGGCUGUUGAUGGACUUGGAUAUCUCCAUGAGGACGGUUGACUGCUUCUACACCGUCACUUUCUAUGGAGCCCUAUUCCGAGAGGGUGAUGUGUGGAUCUGCAUGGAGCUCAUGGAUACUUCCUUGGAUAAAUUCUACAAGAAAGUACUGGAGAAGAAGAAAACAAUCCCAGAAGACAUCUUGGGGAAAAUGGCUGUGUCUAUUGUACGAGCUCUGGAGCAUCUGCACAGUAAACUGUCCGUAAUACACAGAGAUGUGAAGCCUUCCAAUGUGCUCAUCAACAAGGAGGGACAUGUGAAAAUGUGUGACUUUGGGAUCAGUGGCUACUUGGUGGACUCAGUGGCAAAGACGAUGGAUGCUGGCUGCAAACCAUACAUGGCUCCAGAAAGAAUAAAUCCUGAGCUGAACCAGAAGGGCUACAAUGUGAAGUCUGAUGUCUGGAGUCUGGGGAUCACAAUGAUCGAGUUGGCCAUCCUGCGCUUCCCCUACGAGUCCUGGGGCACCCCGUUCCAGCAGCUGAAGCAGGUGGUGGAGGAGCCCUCACCCCAGCUGCCUGCCGAGCGCUUCUCCAAGGAGUUUGUGGACUUCACGGCACAGUGUUUAAGGAAGAACCCCGCUGAGCGAAUGAACUAUUUAGAACUUAUGGAGCACCCCUUCUUCACCCUACACGACACCAAAGAGACUGACAUGGCCUCCUUUGUGACAGAGAUCCUCGGGGAGGACUCUUAACUGGAGCCCCACUGUUCCAUGCAGUCCCCACGGAGGAGCAGAUGUGGACUUGAAUUCGUGGUGGUUUGCACAACUUGUGUUUCUCAGCCCCCGGACAGCUCUGGGCACAGCCCCCAUCGCAGUCUCUUUUCUCUUUGCCUGAAUUCUUCGAGGAAGAGCCUUGGAAGCCAACACCUUCACCCUUUCAAAUGCUGGGGGCACAGGGAGGGGGAUGGUGCCCACAGUGUCCAACCUCGGCACCGUGUGUGGGGGAACUUCUGCCUUUCUUUCCCUUUGCUGCCUGAGGUUGGCAAAGAGAAAAUGCUGCUGUGCUUCUGCCCCCAGCCCCUUCCCCAGCAUUUUGCUUGGCUCCCUGCCUCACGUUCCUGAGCAGCACUGCAGGAGGCUGCAGGGCUCUGUGGGCACUCUGCUGUCCCUGCACAAAGCCAUCUUGAUGGCAUCUGGGUGACCCUUCCACACAGCCCCAGGCCUGGCACCCCCUUCACUGUGUGAUCCACUGCCCUCCUGCAGAGGAAUAAAAGCAUAUUCCCACCACUUUACCCCACCAUGAGCGGCAGCCCCUGCUCUCCUGCUUCCUCCGUGGACCUUCUCCUUUGUGCCCACCUUGGGGCUGCAUCGCACUGGAGGAGGUGGGGACGGUGGGCAUCUACCACCACUCCUCAUCCUGCAAGGAGGAUGCUGCUCCACCUCUCCAUCCUCUUCCCCCCCUUUGGGGCUCAUGUAAGACCUCACACUGUGACCCCAUCACUGCCUCCAUCUGUGGCCACGGCUGUCGUCUCAGCCCCAACCCCUGACAGCCCAGCACAGGGGCUGCUGCCGGUUGUACAUUUUGUGUCUAUAUAUAUAAUGGACUUUGUGACAUGUUUCUGGGUUUUACUGCACUUGCUAUAAAUUAAAGCCCUUCUGUGUGGGUGGGAGGAGGGACCGCAGAGUGAACGCACCGCUGUGGAUUUAUUUUAUUUUUAAUAGACUGAGUUUUCAGAGGGAUUUUCCUUUUCUAAUAUAUUUGUGUGUGUGCUCUCUCUAUAUAUAUUAUAUAUUUUUAAAUCAGUGAUGAUGGUGUGAAUGUCAAUGUGGUGGCCAGCAAUUGUGGUGCUGUGACCAGCAGUUUCCUGGUGAGAUUUGGGGUGGUGGCUGAAGUUGCUUGAAGACAAACUGCCCGAAGAUAUUGAUUUCUUUUGUAAGAAGAAAUGAAUCUAUUUUUGAAUUGAAUCUUCAAAAACAAACAAACAAAAAAAAACCCCAACCUAACACACUUCUUCCUGAACUUCCUGCCCUGGAGCUGUGGAUGUGAGGGUGCAUUCCUCUUAUUCAAGGUCCUUUUUCCCCUUGCUGAAGCAUUGUGUUCUACUGACCCCACAGCCCCGCACCCUUUGGGAUGGAGCCAGGCUGGGCUGUGGUUCAGCUCCCAGGGGAAGGGCUUAGGGCAGCACAUGGUGACUUUCCCCCAUGUCUUACCCUGUCCCCUCAGUCCAUAGGAAAUGGCACAGGUGGGCACAGCACAGUGUAAGCAAACCCUGCCCUGCCCUGGGCUGACCCUUAGCUCCUAUCCUGCCUCCCUGUGCCCAAUAACAUGGCUGAUGCUCUCCACGCCUCCCCUUCAAUCCCACCCCUCAAAACACCCAGUGCUCCCUGAAAUCACACAUCACCAGCCUGGUAGGACAGCUUGGCAGCUGAGAUGCUCACUUGUAGGUUUUCCCAUAGUUGGUUGCUUUGGAUUCCUUUUGAUUUGCUGUUAAGCUUUUGUUUUUCCUUUAUCUCCUUGCUUUUCUUCUCAUGGAGAAAGUCCUGACUUAGUUUUGGGGAAGGGGAGCACCUGCCCUUUCAUGUACCAGGUGAUACCAUGGUGGGGGUGGGGGGAUUGGGACCCAUGGAUGGAGCUUUGCUGCUUGGUUGGGUCCUGCUGCUUGUGUCCUCCUGCCAUGCAUGGGGGUGAUGAUAGAUGUGGUGCCCACCACUUGGCCUUGGGGUGGGAGAGAAUAUUAGGGAAAAAAUCUUAUCUGAGAGAAUGAUGGUGUGUUGGAACUGCUGCCCAUGGAGAGGAGGGGUCACCAUCCCUGGAGCUGUUCCAGAACCGUGGAGAUGUGGCACUGAGGGAUGUGGUUUGGUGUCAUGGUGGGGGUGGGUUGAAGUUGCUUUUUGGAUCUGAAAGGUCUUCUCCAACCUGAAUGGUUCUGAUGCAGCCCGGAGCCCCCCCAGCCCUGUACUGAGCACAGUCUGUAUCCGUCAACCCCUCCUUGUUUUCAAUAAAAUUCUCCCCGAAUCA